AUGUUAGCGGCAGACUCAGAGGAGAGACCCCAGGAUGGGCCCUCUCAACGACACAGCAAACACACCUCCAGGUCUGGAUCCAGGUUUAAGAAGGGGACUUUGCCACCUCUUUCCCCUGAACCCCCUCCUCUCUCAGUGCACAGGCCUCUGUUCAGCCUCCCCCCCCUCCCCUCUGACCGACCCCUCUCUGUCGUGAAGCUCCCUCGCCUCAUAGCACAGGUGGGACAACAGAAAGCCAUAGGGGACACAAAGUGGACCGAAGGACCACGACUGAUGGCCUCAGCGUUGGGGGCCGACAUCCCCAUCCGAGCUCCUGAUGAGAGCACAGCGCAGAGUCUUACAGAGAAAGGGGAAUCAAUAAAAGUCCUGACAUGUAAGGAUACAAAAAUAACGGCUGUGAAAAAUGGGAAACCAAAUCCAGAUCCUCUCAGCGGCACAGAGGUGGUUCAUAUCUUCACCGAGAGGCGGGACCGGGGAGAGCUGGAGCUGUUCUACCUGAAAGAAGUGGAGGGAGACUCUUACAGACCCUAUGACCUGCGGGUGGUGCGCUCGACUGCAGCAGGCUCUGAGCACUACAUCUUCUCCCCUCACUCUGUGCUACAUGUGACAGACGGAGGAUAUGGAGGACUGGUCAGUCUGUCAGAGUGGCACAGAGAGUCUGUGCUGUGGAGAGAUCUGCAGCAAAUCCCCUUCUUCAGACACUUCACACUGAGGAGAGCUUUCACCAGGUGGCAGAGAAAUGUGCGUAAAGUCCUCUUCCAGCGUAAGUGUAAGACUCUGCAGGACGUUCUGCUUAUCGCUGUGCCUCGGUUCAGAAAUGCUCUUCUUCUGUUCCACAGAAUAAUUGAGGAGGUGAAAGGGACCCACUGGCUGCCUCUGGAGGGGAAUAAAACGUUCACUCUGCUGGAAUUUAAGGAUGAUCUGAAGACCAUGAAUCAGGAUUGUCUGCAGAUAUUAGAGAGGUUAUCUCUGUACCGUGCCGCCAUCCUAAUCAAGGUGAAGCAGGACAGCUACAGGGCUCAGCAGGAGCUGCAGCUGCACCUGGAGUCCUCUCUGAAGCCGAGCAGCAUCUGCCAGCCGCUGCACCGUCAGCUGCUCCACCAGCAGCAGCUGCUCACACAGCUGAGCGGAUCUGAGAGCGUCCUGCUGAGGCUGGGGAGCUUUUCUGCUCUCAUCAACAGCAUCACUGUGCAGAGCGUCGUCUCUCUCAUCACCCAGGACCUCUCUCAGUUCACCAGCACGGUCCUGAAGAGGAGUGAGUGUGAGCAGGGCUGUUUGUUCCACACUGAGCUGAGUCUCAGUGAUGAUCAGCUGACGGUGGACCCCCCCACACAUCUGCUGCAGGAAGCUGUGAGUGGAGCCAUGCUGACUGUAAAGGACUCUGUAAUACAGAUGUGUGACUCUUGUGGACUCUUCCUGGAGAUCAGCAACGCUUCUGAUAUUCCUCAGGAUCUACCCUCUGACGUCACACAUACUAACCAUCAUAUGACAGGCGAGGAUAACAGCAGUGAUGAGUGUUGCUCCUGGAGGGUGCACAGAGAAGCGUCCUCUCGCGGGCUGCAGCUGCAGAAACAAACCUCUCUGCUGGUGCAGGGCAGCCGACUGCUCGGCUGCUACCCCCCCCUCACCAAGAGCCAGCUGCAGCAGCAGAUCAACAUCCACGACGUCACAACACAAGCUGAGGAGGAGCAGGCCGGCCUCAUGCAGGAAGCUGACCUAGAGAUCCAGCAGCUGUGUGAGAGCUACUCCUGGUUGGUGGACAUUCAUUUGUUCAUUAGUAAAUGGAGUGUUACCUCUCUGGAGUCCCUGAAGGAUCAGCCUGCUCCACAGUACGAGGAGCUCAUAGAGAAGAUCCGCUGCUGGACAGAAAGACUCUCCACCGUCCCGUCCUCCAUCUCCACCUCCAACCAGCUGAUCAUCAUCCAGUGCAGCCGCAUGAAGGAGCGACUCGAGCUACAGCUGAGGUCGAUAGAGGAGGGAGUGCAGCAGCAGCUGGUGCAGCAGAUCCAGAUUCUCUCUGAAAAUGUCUCAUCAGACCUGCAGAGAUCAGCUGCUCGACUCAGGGCAGAACCAGGAGACCUGCAGGAGCUCUCCACAUACGCAGUCAUGAUGAGGGAGUGUGUGAAGGUGUGUCCUGACAUGCAGAGACGUUUGGAGUACAUUCACUCCCUACAGGAAACACUCUGUAAGAACUGCAGGAGGAUGAGUGCACAGGAGGAGACGGUGGAAGAAAAGAUGCUGGCCUUGUGGGAUGGCUUUAUUCUGCUCCUAAAGAAAGCAGACAGUAUUGUGUCUCGGCGCCUUCCUUCAAUGGCGAACGCAUUGGACGCAAUGUUCUCAGUGCUGGCCUGUGACCUUAAAAGCACCGUCUCUAGAGCUACAGUUGGACCCUUCAUCGACCCGAACCAGGACGCUAAAGAGAUGGUCUCCAAACUGAGCCACAUGUGUGUUCAUGUGCAGAAUCUCAACGCAAAGCUGGAACAACUCAGCAGCAAAAGUCAAAACCUUCACGAACAUCCAAAGGAUUUGACCAUUUUGACAGCAGAUGUUCAGAGGGUCAAAGCCCGUAAAGAGGUGUGGGAGGUGAUAUCUGCGUACUCAACAUGGCUGGAAGAAUGGAAACAGCUGCUGCUCACUGAGGUCGUGAUCUCAGAAGCUCAGGGGAAUAUUGCCAAGUGGAAGGAGCAAACUCUGUCUUUAACAAGCAUCAUACCUACCCAUGAUGCAGUUCUGCAGGAGGCUUUAGGAAACCUGGAAAGUUUAGACUAUCACGUUGAGGUCAUGGCCAAACUGCAAAGCCCCACGCUGAAACACAGACACUGGAAAGACAUUUUCAAAGGCAUGGGUCAGCUGUUUGUCCCAGAGAAGAAGGUGACUGUCGCUGAACUGAUGUCUCUACCACUUGAAGUUCACCAGGAACUAAUCACCAAGAUAUGUCUGGAGACACACUUUGCUGAGAUAGACAGUGAUUUGAUGACUCUGUCCACCAUGUUGAAGUCCCAACACAGUGAGGAGUUCGGGCUGCAGAUGGAAGACUUGGUGCAGUCACUGCACCAUCUCGGUAAGCUGCUUUGUUUAUUUGAAAGAUACCAGCAGCUAUGGGCUUUCUUGACCAACAUGUUCCAUGAAACAUCCUUGAGUGUGCAGAGAGAGGAUCUGCUGGAGAGAUUCAAACCAGUCGACGAGACGUCUAAGGAACUGAUGCGGUCUAUUUCAAGUGACCCUCAUCUGUGGAACUUUGUUCAUCCCAACAUAACAAAUGAAAGAUUCCAUGGUGGAAGCCUUCACCAGAUUCUCAUUGAUGGCGUUUCUACAAUGGAGGCCAUUUCCAGCCAGAUGUCUGACCUCCUGGAGACCCUCUGUGCACAGUUUCCAAGACUGUGGUUCUUAAGUGAUAGGGAGAGGAUGCAGCUACUCUCCUUUGAACCAACGCCUUUCACUCUGCAACCCUUUGUACGCAAAUGCUUUAAAGGGAUAAGUUGGCUAGAAGUGGACUGUGAAAUUCCAACUAAUCAAACAGGUGUGAAGAUCUGUGGGGCUACAUCUGAGAGCCACAGACAGAUGAAGGUGCUGGGGUUCUUCGGCAGCCUCCAUGAGCACAUUACCUUUACGUCUCCUUUGGAACCAAAUCCCAACGCCUUGGGCUGGCUUUCUGUCUUUGAGAAACAGUUAAAGUGGACCCUGGUGCAACUCAUGAAGCAAUGUGCUCCUGUGAGAAACCAGCUUGAACCACCCACUGAAGAUGUGCCAUGUGAUAAAGAAGUAAAAGACAUUGUAUUCCUCAUUGCUGAAAGGACAAAAAUACCCAUACCUGUGUUGGACCUUGUGUCUGAAUACCCUCUUCAGUGUCUGCUGGUGGCGGAGGAGGCAGUUUGGUGCAAGUCUGUCCUACAAGCUUUCCAAGAAUCAAGCCGAGCGACGUUAAAGAACAUAAAGGUAUACAACUCUGCAAAGCUGAAAACCCUUGGGCGUUCCAUAAGGGAUGGACUCGCAGGGUCUGUGGUGUCUAAGUACCGGAUGAAUUGUAUGCGAGCUUUGGUGCAGCUUACAAUGAAGCAUGAACAGCAGCUUGCUCGACUCAUGGAGGUUCAGAGUGUUCCAGAGUCCUCUUUCGAGUGGCUUAGUUUCCUGAAGUAUCAUAUAAACUCAGAGGACUGUAGUCUGACAGAGGAUCCAACAUGUUACGUGGAUGUUUUGGGCCAUCGACUCCAAUAUGAUUAUGAGUAUUUUGGUCCAGAAGAUUGUGUGACGGGACAUACUCCAUCCACAGAUCGGGCGAUACUGGGGGUUCUCCUGGCUCUGACAAGCUACAGGUGUGGCUUUGUGAGGGGACCUUGCAUGUCUGGUAAGAAAACAACAGUGGUCCAGUUGGGAAAAGCGUUGGGGAGACAUGUUGUCAACGUGCAAUGUUGUCCAACCAUGAGCCCCGGUGUUGUUCAGAGGAUGCUGUUGGGUGCUCUUCAGACUGGAGCCUGGCUUCUGCUGGACUCUGUAGACCUACUACCACAAGGAGUUAUUUUAAUGCUGGGGCAGCAUCUAUUUGACAUCCAGCAAUCCUUCGCAGAGUUCACCAAAAAGGAAAAUCAAAGACUGAAUGAGGAGCCAAAGGACUGGAGUGCUGAUGGGGUCGCAAUAUGCACAAACCUGGAUUCAGAUUGCCACAUGGUGAUUGCAGGGAAAAGCAUUUCUGCCAGACCAAGCUAUGGAUGUGUUGUCAUCUCAAACGGAUAUUCAUCUGAGGUUCCAGAGAGUCUGCGAUGCGCUACCAGACCUAUUGCAUUAACCCAUCCAGAUUACAGGAUCAUUGCAGAAGUAAUGCUGACUUCCAUUGGUUUCUCAGACGCUGUGUGUUUAAGUCAACGUCUGGUAGAACUCAUCAGCCUGGCCCAGGAUUCCCUCUGUCUGCCUGGUUUCAUCAUGGACCACCACAGCUGCUGUCUAGUCCUCUUCCAAAAGAUCCUCUCUGCUUCUGAAAUGCAUUUCCAACAAAGUGUAAAGCAACGAGAGGCAUCUGAUGAGGCUGCAGAGCAAACUGAUCUUGCGCCUUCAGAAACUAUGACUGUCAGAGUGGAUGAUAAGGACAGAAAAGAAGCUGAACAGUCCUCCAGGUUUCACAGUUCUCAUUUGUCCAUUAUACAGGGAUUAAUGGAGGAGACAGCUAUUGUCAAAGCCAUUCUUUCUGUCUUAUUACCUGUUCUUUAUGAGCACAAGAAAGCCUUGCAGUUCUCCGUCCUUCUCAAGGAAACAUUCCCUAUAGCAUGCCAGUUUCCUCUCUUCCAACAGUACAUUGAAGAAGAAGAAAAGACUCAACUUAAGGAUGCACUAACAGAAGAAUUGCAAAGGACAUGUUUUCACGCCGACACUGGAACAAUGAGCAGCUCUCUGAGACUCUACCAGACCAUGAAACUCUCUCCAGCAGUUAUACUCAUAGGCCCUUCAGGCAGUGGAAAGACAACCUGUCGCUGUGCUCUAGCUGAAGCACUCAAUCAUCUGGCUGCUAAGACAGAAUGUGACAAUAGGAUUGAAGGAGAUAGCCCACAGACCUCCACCUGGAACUCUGUGGAAACUGUGGUUUUAUUUCCUAAUGCCAUGUCCCACGAGGAGCUAUUUGGCUGCUUCUGUGAAAAGAGAGGAUGGCAAGAUGGAGCUGUUGUAAAGGUGCUGAGAGAUUCACAGCCACCAAUCUGCAACAAUAAGCAGAAAAGUGAUCGGACACAUAGAUGGCUGGUGAUGGAUGGGAAUCCUGUCGGGCGACCCGGCUGGUUGGACUACUUAACUACAAUGUGCAGUCCUCAGGACCAGUUUCUGUGCCUGUCAUCGGGGGAAAUACUGCCAUCCCAACCACAGCUUAAGCUGCUGAUGGAGGUCACUGAUCUAAGUGGUGCAAGUCCCUCUGCAGUGACCCGCUGCAGCCUGGUGUAUUUCUCUGGUUCUGAUCUGUGGACGACUGUGUGGAGGAGUCAAAUGGAUGCUCUGUCUUUUGAGCACCAACUGGAUCAAGGAACCUUGAACAUGUGGAAUCGUCUGGCUGAAGAUCUUUUCUCCAACACGCUUAGUGCUUUAACCUCUGCAAUUCAAAGUGAAGGAGGAUCUCUCAGAAGCAUGGAGCACGGGAUGAGAGAAAUCAUGUCAUUUGUUCGGAUCCUACGAGCCCUUCUGCAGCAUUUUGGAAAGGAUGUGGAAAAAGCUGAGGCAACACCACGAAUGGACAAAAAAGAUAUACAAGACCUGCUGACCAGAAACCUUUUCCUGGUGGCCUAUAUUUGGGGAUUUGGUGGACAUCUGCAUCCUUGCCACUGGCCACGGUUCGACUCAGUAGCUCGUCAAGUGCUGUUUACCUGCCGAUACAGAAUUGUGGUUCCUGAGGAAGAGAGUGUGUUUGAGCACUUUUUUAACAUCGACAGCAAGACAUGCCCCAAGAACACACUGCUGACAAAUUCCAUCCCUCCCCAGUAUAGGAAGUGUGCCUCUCUGCUGAACAUCAUGUUGGAGGCCAACCAGCCGGUGCUGCUGGCCGGAGAGCCCGGUUCUGGAAAAACGACAUUGUGCAGAAUGUUGCUGAGUAUUGAGAAGCCACACAUUACUCUACCAGCCAGUCCUCUACUCGGCUCCAGAGACCUGCGCACCGUACUGGAGACCAUCAGCUACAGAAAGGACCGCAGAGAACCUCAGGGUCCCAACGCACAACAGACAAAACUGCUUCUCUUUGUGGAGGAUUUGCAUGAAGCCCCCAGAGAUGUUUUUGGGAGGAUGUCUACGGCUCUAGAGACGCUCCGACAGAGUGUCUCGAUGGAACAGAUUCUAACAUUUGACGGCUACAACUUCAAGUCAUUAAGGGCUGCUUCCCUCAGCUACAUGGCCACCUGUUGUGCCUCUGGAUCCCACAGUGCAGAGAUUUCCUCCAGGCUCUCACGCCUGUUCUCCAUCUUUGUGCUCCCUAGCCUUUCUAUGGACGUCAUAUUGUCCAUCCAUUCUCCUCGGCUAAAGAUGUGGCUCACAGAAACACCACUUAAGCAGAGUGCUCAGGAUAUGGCAUUCUGCAUCAUCACUGCAACUAAACACCUGUACGAUGCAGUGUGUGAUCAAUUCAAGCCUAAUGUGCAGAGGCCCCAUUUCAUAUUUUCUCAUCAUGACCUGCAGAAGGUGUUUAAGGGGAUGUGUCUUUGGCUUCCUUGCAAAAAAAAGGAGGCACCACUACCACUCCUACCAGAGUCAGAAGCAGUCCUUAACAUCGCACAUCUGUGGAUGCAUGAGUGCCGGCGCACGUUCAGUGACAGGUUGUGCUCGGAGGAUGAAAGCCAAACUCUUGGAUCACUCAUAGCCAAGACGGCAACGACUCACUAUGGAAGUAGGACUCUGUCUGGAAACAUUACGUCAGAAGAGGCAAGCUUAGAGACUCUGCAACCCCAGAUUCUUCAGCACAUGGAGGACAAACUGGCUAACCUUGUGUUUGGUCCAGAUCUCUCUGAGGCUCCAAAGAAUCAAAAAGACAAUUCUAAUGGUAGCUCUUCUUACCAGGGCCGAGACCUCGAGGUAUUACUGCAGCAGCUGCAUGCCUUCAUUAGCAGGAACCACGAAGACAAAGGACAGGAAGUUGAUUAUAAUAUUUCAAAUAGAUGCAUGGUCCACAGACAGAGGGUGGGUCAGCUGUUACACAUCCUCCGGGCACUGCUGAUACCCGGAGGACACGGACUGCUGAUUGCCUCCAGCAAAGGCACAGGUCGUAAAACCACCGUGCGUUUAGCUGCCUUAAUAACCGGCUACCAGCUAAUGGAGGUGCAUCCUGGGAAUGAGGGUGAGUUGCGAAUCCUCAAAGAAGCUGGGGACAAAACGAGAGUGGAUGGAGUCAGUGUCAUCCUACUGGUCCAUGAAGGAGUCAGCCGGCCCGUCAGAGAGGAGCUGCUGGUGUUGAUGGCUCACCGAACACAGCCAGGACUCUACACCGAGGAGCUGAGGAGCGUAGUUUCCAGAACCACUGCUGUGAGGAACUCAAGAAGAUACCUUGUGGACUGCUGGAUGUCCGAGAGGUACUUGAGCCAAAUCCACAGAAAUGUGCACGUGUUCCUGGUGCUGCCCUUCCCCGGCUCUGACAGCAGAGAGGUUCCUGCAAACAAUGGAGCCCAUGGACUGACUGCACAGCUGCUGAAGGCUCUGAGCCUGAGUGUCUGUGUGGAGGUUUACCAGCCGUGGUCCGGACUGUCUCUAGUGGAAGUCGCUGUUCAAUCCCUCAAAACAAAACCCCAUAAAACAGAGAGAGACAACUCAGAGGCCGGCCUGUCAGCGGUUAUGGCAGCAGUCCAUCAGUCUGCAUGUCAGUAUGCAUCUGUGCUGCUCAGAGAUCAGCCGUUCAGCCCUCAGACCUUCCUGGAGUUCACUUCACACUUUCAUUACCUCUGCAAACACCUGCACACACAGCAGCAGAGCAGAGCCAACAGAUUGGCAGCAGUUCUGUCCCGUUUGGAUGCGAUGAACGGCUCAGCUGCUCGGCACAAACAGGACCUGGUGAGACUGCAGGAGGAGGUCUCUGAGGCGCAGCAGCGUGAGGCAGAGCUCCUCUCAGUGGUGGAUCAUCAGAGGAUCCUGCUGGAGGAGGCGCAGGAGAAAUGUGUCGUGGAGGAGAACGAGCUGUACGACCUGGAGGAGCAGAUCAGUCACGCUCACAAACAGGUGGUCCCGGUGCUCCUGUCGGGCCUGAAGCUCUUCUCCUGUCUGAAGCCUUGCGACCUGGAGGAGGUGCGUCACUACAGAGAUCCUCCUGAGGGAGUGGUGAGGGUCAUGGACGCCGUCUGUCUGCUGUUUCACCGUCCGCCUGGCUGGGAGAGUGCUAAACAGCUUCUGGGACAAGCCAACUUCUUCCUGGAGUUGGAGUUCUUUGACCGCCGCAGUGUGACGGACGAGCGACUGCAGCAGCUCGCUCAGAUGGUCCACAGCCCUCAGUUUGUCCCGGAGUCGGUGCAGGAGGUGAGCCGAGCCUGCGAGUCUCUGUGCCGCUGGGUGCAGACGGUGUACCAGUGCUGCUGCAUGCAACAGCAGCUGCAGCUGAAGCAGCAGCUGGAGGCCACGGCCAGAGACACUCGAGCACAGCUGCACCGGCUGGACCUGCAGAAGGAGGAGGCCAAACGGCGUCAGGAGGAGGUGAAGCUGCAGCUGCAGUCGGUGCGAGAAGAUCUGCUGGAGACCGUGAAGAGGCUUCAGACAGCGGAGAGGUCAGAGAGAGCGGCUGCUGCUGCCGUGGAGAGGAUGCAGAGACACGUGAGGGAGUGGAGCGCUGCUGCUCAGGACUCGGAUCACCAGACGUUAUCCGGAGACGCUCUCCUCCUCGCCGCCGUCAUCUCAUACCUGGGCCCGUUUGGACCUGAGACUCGCUCCGAGCUGCUGAACAGGUGGAGGGGUCUGUGUCGGACCGGAAGCAUCAACAUAAACCCAGACGACCCCCGGACCCCCCUGUUCCCCCCCACUGCUCCUCCUUCAUUCCCUCCACUGGGUUUCCCCAUCCCAGUGGGGGAGAGGCUGCCCCUGGGUCAGGUGUUAGGGGUUCUGCAGGACUCUCCGCCCCCCGGCAGGAUGCUGGUGAAGCUGCUGCUGUGGGGGGGCAGGAGGAGCUGGGUGCAGCGCUGGCCUCUGCUCAGCGACACCCAGCAACAUCUGGAUCUUCUCUCUAACAGCUGGAGAGAGGAGAGAGAGAGGGUCACUCUGGAGAUGGAGUGUGAGGCCGUGCUUUCUGCUGAUGAUCCCGAUCUGAUGGACAAACUGGACCAGGCUGCAGAGAGAGGUCUGACCGUCCUGGUAGCUCACGUUGAACGAUUGACUCCCACCCCUCAAAUCCUGGACAGAUUAGCCCGUCCUGCAGGAUGUUUCCUCCCAGGGUUAAGGCAGCGUGUUCAGCCCCCACACCCUGAGUUCUGCCUCCUCCUCAGCACCAACCUUCCUGCACACCUGCUGCACACAGAGAUCCAUCCGUCUGUCCUCUCACUGGUCGGUGUGUUGGACCUCUCUCUGGGCUCAGCAGAGAUCCAGCAGCUGAUGCUGACUCAGCUUCUGCAGGCCGAGAGGCAGACUCUGCUGAAUCGGCACUCACAGCUGCAGAGUGACAAACAGCUGCUGCAGGACAAACUGAUCUCAGAGCAGGACGCUCUGCUGGACUCCAUCCUGCACAGCGACUCCCCCCUUCAGCAGGAGGUGUGUGAGAGUCAGGAGGCGAUGCAGCGGCUUCAGUGCGACCUCCAGCUGCUCAGUGAGGAGCUGCGGCACCUCGACGUCCUGCUGACCCCCACGCGACACACGGUGAAACUGGCCGCUGCUCUGUACCAGGCUCUGCAGGAGGUGUCCCGCCUCUCCCCUGCUUACUGCUUCCCUCUGCGGGGCUUCAUCUCAGCGCUGCAGGGGGCUUUUAUUGUGGAGGGGUGUGAGACGGUGGAGCUCAGUAACCGGCUGGUGGAGCAGCUGCUGCGCCACUACAGACCAAGUCUCCACAGCCGCCAUGUCCCUGCUCUGGAGCUCCUCCUCUCCACCGCGCUGCUCCAACACCGCUCUCUCUGCUCUGAGGCGGAGAGGGCGGUGUUCCUCAGGGGCCUCGAAGACGUCCCACUUCCUGUCACCAAAAUAAAAGCGGGCUCCCUCCCUCCCAUCUCUUCCCUUCUGCCCCGCUGGAUCCCUCCUCCCAUCCUCCCCCAGCUCCUCCUGCUGGAGAAGAUCCCGGCCUUCAGAGGGCUGGUCUCCUCCCUCUGCUCCUCCCCCGCUCAAUGGGACGAAUAUCUGCACAGCAGUGAGCACCUCCCCUCCUCCCCCCCAGCUGUGGCGGGGCUUGUCCCCUGUCGCUCCCACUCCCACUUGACGCUGCUGCAGAGGGGGAUCCUCCUGAAGACCCUCCUCCCCCACUGCCUGCAGGGGCUGAACCAGGCCAUGGCAGUGUACCACCCCCCCCUGCAGGGAGGGAGGGAGGCCGCCCACAGCGGGAACCCCAAGGGCCUCUAUCGUUUCCUGAGCAAACAUGAGGGUCCCGUCAUCCUCACAUCAGCCAAUCAGAGAGGGGAGGAGGGGACCAGCAUUCAGCCUCUGAACCUAAUCCACACACUGGCUCACUGUGGAGCAGACCCUCAGGUUCAGGUGAGAGUCAUUUCCUUUGGAUCUGUGUGGGACCGACAGCUGAUCCUCUCACAGCUGAACACAGCGGCCGCUGAUGGACACUGGUUAGUGUUUAAUGACUGUCAGCUGCUGGAGACAUGGGACACCACAGUCACCGCUCACAUCAACCAGCUGAUCUCCUCUUCUAGGGAUCCCCCAGGGGAGCGGCGCCUGAUUCACCCCUGCUUCAGAGUGUGGUUUAUAACGCAGGAAAAUAAAUGCACCUCCAUACCAGCGUCAGUGCGGGGGGGUGCUCUACCCCUGGUGUGCUCCUCCUGCCGGGAUCUGAAGGAGGAGCUGACCUGCUCCGUCCAGCAGCUGCACUCCUUCACACGGCGUCCAGGAGUCUCUGUAGAGAAGGUGGAGCUGCUGCUGAACGCUGCCGUCUUCCACUCUGUGAUCCUGCAGAGACACCAGCAGAGGGGGGGGGGCGCACAGCUGGUGAGCAGAGGGACUCAGGGUGACCUCCUCUCUCUGGUGGAAGCUCUGCUCUCUGUUUCCAGUCUCUGUCAGGAUAAGACUAAAGCUGUGCAGUAUCUCGCAGUAAACCUGGUGCACGGCGCUCACGUCCUGGACUCUGCAGAUCUGCAGGAGGUGGACAGCGUGGCUCAGAUCUUCCUCGGAGGAGAGCCUCACUUCCUCUCAGAUAUCAUCAAAAAUGCCGCACACUCUGGUCUGUCAGAUCUUCUUCAGGUUUUGGACUCGGAGAACUUCAGCGACCUCCAGCUGCUGGGCUUCACUCCAGAUGUGGAGGCUGACAUCAUCAAGAGCCAAAGUCUCCACCUGAACAAGCUGCUGCAGAUCUCCCAGAGUCCUCCAGGAUCCGAGAGGAGUUUCCGCACACAGAUGACCCCCCCCUGCUCACUGCCGGCCUCCAGAGACAGACUGCAGGCUGUGCAGAGGUUCCUCUCACACUGGAACAUCUGCACACACCCAGCCGGUUCUCCUCUGAGGGACUUCCUGCAGGAUGAGUGGGAUCAGCUCUCUGAUUCAGUUUCCUCUCAGCUUCAGCACUGCAGCCCUCCACUCCUAGAGGUGUCUGACCUGGAGAGGAGGGCGGAGCUUCUGGCUGUUUAUCUCCAACACCACACCUCCUCAGAUCCCCCCGGAGCGUACAGACUGGCGGCUUUCAGAAACCCCCGAGGCUUCCUGCAGGCCCUGAGGAGAGAGGCUGCUCUGACACACCGCAGAUACAUCAGUGACAUCACCCUGCAGUACCAGGUUUUGAGUGACAGCUCACACCCGGCCUCUCAGCCUCUGGAUGCUGUGUAUCUGUGUGGCCUGGAGCUGAGAGGUGCAUCAUGGGAUACGCAGUCAGGAGCGCAGGAUGGCUCUCUGCAGCCGGGUUCUCUGCAGCCGGGCUGUCUGCAGCCGGGCUCUCUGCAGCCAGGUUCUCUGCAGCCAGGUCUCUGCAGCAGGGUUCUCUGCAGCCAGGUUCUCUGCAGCCGGGCUCUCUGCAGCAGGGUUCUCUGCAGCCGGGCUCUCUGCAGCCCAGGUUCUCUGCAGCCAGGUUCUCUGCAGCAGGGUUCUCUGCAGCCAGGUUCUCUGCAACCGGGCUCGCUGCAGCAGGGCUCUCUGCGGCCGGGCUCUCUGCCCCUCGUCUGUGUGAAGGCUCAUGUUCGGAGAUCAAAUCAAGUAGAGAGGGGUUCAGAUGUACAGGAAGUUCCUCCCCCUGCUGCCUCUCAGCUUCCUCUCUACCUCUGCCCGCUCUGCCUCCAUGAUGAGGGGGGGUCAGCAGAGGCUAACAUCAUCACUAGGAUUCCCCUGCAUGCUAAGCUAAGUCCUGUGUUGUGUAGCUUGAGGAGAGUGAGGCUGGUGAGUCUGCUCUGAUGGACCAAAGUCAUGCUAUAUGAGAAACCUUCGUACAUGUUUUGUCGUUCCUGUGC